GGUGCCUCAGAGGCCGACGGGACAUCCUGAACAGAUUUAAAAAGACACAACUGUUGCCUCUGGAGGACAGACACUGAGACGGUGAAGGACAGCGAUGGCUCGUCUCACAACUCUUCUCUUUGCCAUGUGGCUUGGUGUGACAGUGAGCACAGUGGUUGAUCUGGAGACGAGAGUCUACGGAGGUCAAAAGUGUGGAGCAAAGGAGCGUCUGUACCAUGUCAAGCUGAUAACCACCGAUACUACCGGAGGUCAGUACCUCUGUGGUGGCUCUCUGAUCAGUGACCAGUGGAUUCUGACUGCAGCUCACUGCUUUAAGCCAGGAGGGACAUACAACGCAUAUAUAGGCGGAAAUCCUGGUCCUGCUCAAGGAGUGGGAAUCAAAGAUCCACCUAAGAUCUUCAACGACGGCAAGCAACACGACCUCAUGUUACUGAAGCUGCCUAAAGCAGUAGGUAACAAACCUGUAGGACUUCCCGACUGUAAACAUCGUCCCAAGAUAGGUGCUACGGUUCAGAUUGCAGGUCAUGCUGAAUACACAGCUGGCCCAAAAAAUGAAAGGAUACCUGGUUCUACAGACACUCUGCAAUGUGUUGAUAUGAACAUCGUCGACUGUCAAGUGUUCAUAAACAUGUUUCCUGGUGCUUACCAAGCCAAAAAACAUGAGCACUGGAUCUGUUACAGAGCACCUGGUGUGGAUACAUGUCCCGGUGACUCUGGUGGAGGAGUGGUGUACAAGGACAAGAUUUAUGGUGUCCAUGUAAUGGGUCAUCCUAAAGAAGUCUGUGCUUCACCAGCUGUAUUCAUGGACCUCUGUCAUCAGCCAUACUUAGACUGGAUCAAGGAUACUAUCAAGAAACCAAAGAGCAAAUCGUGCUUGUCUUGUUUUGGUUGACAUGUUCAGUUAUUUAACAGAAAUUUAAAUAAAUUUACAGUUGAUGUAUUUGUUCAUUAAAUCUUUAACUAUCAAUUGUUAAUUCGUGAAAUAUUAGUUUUACAUUUAUGUAGGAAAUACAAUUUGUAAAAAUAAACAAUUGUGCAUUUUCCUGUAUGUAAAUCCUCAAGAUGGCUUCUGUUAUCAUACAGUCAUUGUGUUGGAAACAAAACUAUAACAGUAGACAUAAUAAUAUUCUGUUCUUUUACCAAUAUUAAAAAGAAAAUUAUAAAUUUUACUUUCUUUUCCCAAUGUUCUGUCAACUGAAAUAAAAUGAGUAUCAAUGCA